GGCCCCGGCGGCGGGGCAGGAGCGCCGCGCGGCCUCUCACAAGGGCGCCUUGGCCAACGGGGGCCCCGCCGCGCCCGCCAUGGCCGCCCCCUGGCCUGGCAACAGCACGCGGUGGCGCCGGGGCUGCGGGGAACACCUAGCUUCAUCCAGUCGUUUUGUGCUGACCCCUCGACGGCGCUAUCCCAUUCAUCAGGCCCAGUAUACUUCCCUGGGGACAUUGCCUUCGAUUUGCUGGGAUGGCUAUCGGCGGAAGAACAGACUGUCAGCUCACAACUCCGGCAUGGUCCAGAGUCCUGUGAUGGUGAAGAUUGCACGGCCAGACAGCACCUUUGGCCGCUCCCCCCUAUUGGAGCAAAUGGUUUCUCCUGUGGCUUUCUCGCCAACGCCCAACAGCACUGUAGACCCAUGUGCAAAAGAGGCUGUCCUGAGUGCUCUCCGGGAGAACCGAAAGAGGGCCGUGGAGGAGGACGCGGAGGGCCGGAGCAAUGCCGCUGCCCAGGAAAGUAAGAGGAGGCGCCAUGAUAGCAGUGGGAGUGGCCAUUCUGCAUUUGAGCCCCUGCUGGCUAACGGAGCACCAGCGUCUCUCAUUCCCAAGCCCAGCUCCCUGAAGCGUGGCCUCCUUCCUUCCCACUGCCGUGAAGACUGCUCCUCCAAGAGGUCACGUACCUCCUCCAUUAGCUCUGUGAACAGCUUGUCCGUGGGCGGGAUCCCCAGUACUGUUCGUAAUGCCAUCGCCAGCUCCUACAGCUCCACUCGAGGCCUUUCUCAGCUCUGGAAGAGAAGCGGUCCAGGCGCCUCUCCUCUGUCUAGUCCCGCAUCCUCCUGUCCUCAGACACCUGAGAGGCCGAGCAAGAAGGCAAGGCACCCCAGCUCCAGCCUCACGGAAGAGGAAUCUCGCCGGUCCAGGACUUCGACACCUGUGAAAGCGGACAAAGAAGUACAGGCGGAGAAGGCUGAAGAAGCGCCGCCACAGAGCAGCCGCAGCUCUCCGGGCCCGCUGUGCUCACUGGGCAGCGGCGGCAGCACACGCAAGCGGAGAAUCCAGCUGCUCUCGACCCACCACGACGACCGCUUCAGCUUGCCUCCCCCUCCUCAGCUAAGCUAUUCGGUUACCUCAGAGGACUUGGAUGCCGAAAAGAAGGCUGCGCUGCAGUGGUUCAGCAAAGUCUUGGAGGAGGACACUGAGCCUGCUGUGAGUGCCCCUCCUGAGACCAGCUCGACAUCCGCCACGUCGUCCUUCGCACUGAUGCCUGCCAGGCCCUCCCCCGUCCUGAGCACACAGCCUGCAGGAGGCAGCCCACUUCUGGAGAGCCUGAAGAAGAUGCAGGAAGGACCGAGCACUGUGGGGCAGGCAGAUUCCCGUGCUCCUGCCAUCUCCCCGUGGCCCCUGGAUGUGGCUUCCUCGCUGCCAGCAAGCUCCUCCACAGUGCCCGAGGCUCUGCCCGCUUCUCCAGCUCCGGCCCCCUGCUCAAGCGCCGGCCCGGGAGCCAGCAGCGCGAGCAGCAUGACGGCCACCGCCUCCUCCAAGGCGGGCCCGACGCCCACAAGGCCUUCAUCUGCGCCAAGGCCCAGCCUCCUCUUCGAGAUCCUCAGCAGUCCCCCAGCCAGCCUGCUCAUGAGCACAGCCGGUGCCGCAGCGUCGGCCCCUUCUGCGCCCAGCACGGUGCCCGCCUUCAAGCCCAUCUUCGGCAGCCUGGCAAAGGGCGAGGGCCUCGCUGGCUCCCAGGGUGGCAGUGCUGCCACCGCUGCCGCCGCCACCACCUCUGCAGCUGCGCCGUCCACCGGGCCCCCUGGCACGGCCCCUGGCAGCACCUUCAAGCCCAUCUUUGGCAGCCCGGCCCCCCCAGCCACCGCCACAACGGCCCCAUCAUCCCCCUUCACCUUUCAGCAGACCGUUCAGCCCGCCCCAGCCGCCACAAGCGCUGCCGGGUUCCCCGCCACCGCUGCAGCCCCGCUCUGCACGACAGCUGGCGGGGCGGCUGUCUCGGCGGGCCAGCUGGGCGGCAGCCUUGGGCCUGGCGUGCCCACCUCCACUGCUGCGCCCGGGGGCAGCACCCCCACCCUGACCACCGCCGCCUCCGCCACCGCUGUGGCGGAGGCGGCCACAUCGGCCCCCCACCAGCCCUUGCUGUUCGGGCCGCCGCCCAGCGCCAGCGUGGCCUCAGCCACAGGCUUCCAGUUUGGCAAGCAGAGCGCCUCCUCCAGCCCAGCCCUUGGUCCCUUGGCGAGCCCCGCCUUCAGCCAGCCCAGCGCCUCCGCAGCCGACCCCGCGGCCAGCGCCACCCCGGCCGCCUCCGGCGUGGGCUUCAGCCUCUUUGGCAGGGGCAGCGCUGCCCCGUCCACCACCCAGGGCCCUCCCGCCACGACGCAGCCCCUGCCCGCGUUUGGGUCCAGCACGCCUGCUCUCGGUGGGGGAUUCGGCGCCCUGCCCAAGCCCCCACCUCCCUACACAGCAGCUGGGGCCCCGGGGGCAUUCGACGUGGGUACCCCCGAGGGCCAGAAGCCAGUGACGGCAGCGGCGGGGCCAGUGCUCUUCGGGACUCCGUUCAGCUUCAGGAGCGGCUCGGCAGCCCAGCCGGCCUUCGGCGGCACCACGCAGGCCCCGUUUGGGGAGCCCAGCCCGCUGGCGUCCUUUGGUGCCAAAAGCACCUCUGCCCAGCCGGCCUUCGGCGCCACCAUGCCCACCUUCUCCUUUGGGGCCGUCACCAUGGCCACCACAGCAGGCUUUGCCCCUGGCACCCCGACCAGCAGCAGUGGCGGCGGCAGCACAAGGGGGGGCCUGGCGUUUGGGAGCCCAGCCCCCUUCGCUUUUGGGGUAAGCCAGCCGGCCCCCGCCGGCAGUGCCUUUGGCCCUGGAGCUGCUGCUGGCGUGGGUGCACCCCCUGCCGGCUUCAGCUUUGGCGCUGGGCCGAGCGGCGCUGUGGGGGCCGUGACCCCCUUUGGGGCUUCCUUGGGCCAGCCCCCUCUGGGGGCCCAGAACCAGAGCACGACCUUUGCCUUCGGCGCUGCAGGCACACCAGAGAGCAAGCCGGCCUUCGGAGGAACUCCAACACCCACAUUUGGGCAGGGUGCACCUGCCGCAGGAGGGGGCACUGGGGGGGGUGGCACCCUUUCCUUCGGAACCGUCACCCCUGCCUUUGGAGGUGCAGGGGCUUCUUUUGGGCCACAGGCACCCGCCUUCUCCAUCGGGGCAGGAACCAAGAUGGGGGCCCGCCAGCGGCUGCAGGCCCGGCGGCAGCACACCCGCAAGAAGUAGCCGCCAGGAGCCCUCUGGCUGGACUCUGUCCCCGCCUGGCCAGCGUGGGAGAGACCUGGUGGAGCUCUGGGCAGGGCGGUGGCUGCCCAGCUGUGGCGCUCGGUUUCACCGGGGCUGUCCAGAC